AUGUUUGAAGUUAUUCGAGCUAGCACCUGCUCGCUGCCUCAAUACUCCCAGGCCGUCAAAUAUAACGGCGUGGUAUACUGUUCUGGUGAUAUUGGUGCCCUUCCUGGAACUGACUGGGAGCUGGCUCAGGGAACAGCAAAAGAUAGAGCUAGGCAAGCCCUUCGGAAUCUCUCUACUGUUCUCGAGACCGCUGGGAGCCGACUUGAGAAUGUUUUCAAGAUUACCAUCUACAUAACUACGAUGAAAAACUUCGGUCUGGUAAAUGAGGCGUAUGAUGAGUUCUUUACUUGGGCCAAAAAGCCAGCAAGAUGUUGUGUGGCUGUACAUGAGCUACCCCUCGGGACGGAUGUCGAGAUUGAGUGCAGCGCCCAUCUGAACUAGCGUUAGCUUCCAGGCGGUAUGGUGUGUCACUGGAGCUGCUCUUUUGAAGGGAUAUUAUAGUCCGAUUUGGCUGGGACGUCCGGAUAAAUAGGCCCUAGGGGCGGUGAAUGUCUCUUCUAAAUAGAUUAGCCAAGGCCACCUAGGUAAAGUGGCGCGUCAAAAGUCUACUUUCAAC